AUGAUUAUUAAAAAAUUAAGAAGUACAUUAGAAGAUGAACAACCUUCUUUUACUACUGGAUAUGCAAUAUUAGUGCAUAAAACGAAUUUGAGUAAAACACUAGAAGAAGUUAAAAAUCACAAAAUACCAACUUUUUUAAAAAGAGUUAAAUGUUUGUUUAAAGAUUGGUUUUACGUUUUAACAAACUUUGUUCAUGCAGAUUUUGAGACUAUAAAAAUAAAAAUUCCGCAUAAACAAGCAUACACAGAAGAACAGUAUCUAAAAUACAAAGAAGUAUGGCCAUGUAUAUUUUACAAAAAAAAGGAAAAAGAAAUUUCACAUGAAUAUGUAAAAAAAUGGAUACAAAAGUUUACGAGUGAGACUAAAGGAUUAUGUUUAAUAGUCAAAGAAGAUGUAUUGUUGAGUUUUACUUACAAUACAGAUAAUGUAUUGGGACAUGGAAUUUUUAAAGGGGUGGAUUAUGUUAGUAGAAAACGCUAUGGGUAUCUUUGUACUGGGUUUGAUGCAUUUAUUUUACAUGAACCAUGUCUAUCAUGUGCUAUGGCUUUAGUACACGGUAGAAUUGCUAGGGUUUUUUGUCUUAAUAGAAGUGAUGGUGUAUUUAGCAAAGAUAGAUUUAAUUUUAAUAAAAAUAUAAACCACAGAUAUGAUGUAUACUUUAUUGAUAACUGGAAGUAA